AUGGAGAAGGCCAGCGUACUAGCGAUAGAGGGGACUAGCGGGUCCGACGGGUCUGGGGAGGACCUUAAGCGCGUCCGUCGGGCCUUCCAACCGCUGCCCGUCUCGCAUCUUUCGCACCCGCUGUUUGCGAGUGAUCGUCCAGAUACCCUCAAACUACAGUCAUUUCAUCCCCAAAUGCUUACGAGGGUCGUUGAGUCUCCAGCACUCAAAUUCCCCCACAAUGACAAUGAUCCAUUCUGCAUCUUUGAGUUGCCGAGGAAUAUCCUUGUCAAGGUUUGUGCGAUUUCCGCGUACUCUCCAAGCUCUGCUCUGUUAUCUGUGACGAACAACGCAAUUAACAAGUUAGAAGUUAGACGCAGCAAUAUGCUUCUAGUAUUCUUGUCACAGGUUUCCAUUGACAUCUUUCCAGCCGGAACCCAGGGUUGUGGAAAGAGUUUCCUUCUCCUGCAUGGCUUACAGUAUUGCAACGCUCGCGAUUGGCUAGUCCUCUACAUCCCUCGAGCAACUAAUCUUGUAAACUCUACAACUGCCCACACCUAUGAUAUGCGAACUCGAACAUACCUUCAGCCAAUCUUCGCUUAUCAAACUCUUCAGCGCUUUCUCAAGAUUAAUGCACCCCGGCUUGAACAACUGCGCACCCAGACCGAGAUAGAAAUAGAACGUUGCCCUCCAGUGCCCCCUGACACACCCCUUGUGGAGCUCAUUAAUAUUGGCCUCAAGGAUCAGUGUCAUGCUCCGACAGUGCUUGAUGCUGUGCUGGCAGAAAUUGGGAGGCAGACAAUUUUCCCGGUGGUUCUGGCAGUUGAUGACUUCCAGGCAUUAUAUUGCAAGUCGCACAUCAUUUUCGGCUAUCAAAUUGUACUAUUUUUUUUAAUGCUGCUCCUUCUGCUCGAGCACGCAUCUGCACAGAAGUCAUUUGUAAGUGUCUAUGAAAAUCUGGGCACCUAUCUUGGUGCGUUCUCACUGAGCAACACAACAUUCCCGCUACCUGUGGAGUUUCUUGAGGCUCUUUCUCUCGGGUAUGACCGUCCCUAUGGACCAUAUGUCAAGCGGCAGCCGGAGCUCGUAGAUCACGCCCACGGCCUCAAGAGGCUGGCAGUACCCGCCAGCCUGAGCGUGCCCGAAGCAGCAUCGGUUUUCGAGUUGUGGAUGAAGGACAGGGCAGUGCCUUCAAAACCCAAUGAUGAGCUGUUUCUGGCCAAAUAUACUGAGGCCAGCGGGAACGCAAGAGCGUUUGUCUGGAAGGAAUUGUUGUCGUCCAUGUCAGCAUAG